AUGUCGCCCAGCCUGGCAGCAACCCAUGGCUGGAAAUUCAACCAAAUCGGCCUUCGCGUCUCGAGCAUGGAAGCAUCACUUGCAUUUUAUACCAAGAUACUGGGUAUGAAGGAACUCGCGCGGAUGGACUUUGAGACGGUCAACAUUGCACUCCUUGCUUAUCCAGCCGAAGGCGAUCCAGCCAUGUUUGCUAGGGAGGGCCUCUUGGAACUUGUUCAGAACAAAGAUUCACAUGGUCUCAUCACCAAUGCCCAGGCAAACCCAGGGAUUGGAUUCAUCAAGUUAUGUUUUACAGUUCCUGACAUGGAUAAGGCCAUGGAAUAUCUCAGAUCCCAAGGCCUAAAAGUCGUCAAGGACAUGGGAUCUCGAAUAAAUCAAGAGGUUAUCGUCGCCGCUCUCGGCGCCGAGGAUCCCAAACAAGGUCGCAACAUUGGGUUAUGGGAUAUGGUCCAACAGAUUCCUUUUGUGCAGGAUCCUGAUGGAUACUUGAUUGAGCUUGUUUCGUACGGCAAUAGCGAGUCAGGAGCGUGA